AUGGAGGGAAACCGACGGCGUUCGAUUCUGAGGCAGCCACGUGCCAUGUCAGAAGAGAUUACAGAUGAGAAUGUGGUCGAAGGAGCUCAGACGGCGAUAGUCACGAAUCGACGUGUCAGUUUUCAUGCCACGAAACAGGUCAAAGAAUACGACCGAGAAUACGGAAAGAUUAUCAAUGGAACGCCUGUCAGAGAGAAGGCAUUCGACACGAUGAGCUCUGAUGGAGGAGCUAUGACACCACGUGUCGCCAGCGUGGAUAUGGACGUCAGCGAAUCGUCGACAUCUCAAACAACAACAACACCAUUCAAAAUUUUCGACACGAAUCGACAGGAUACGGACGUUUCCUCGAUGGAUAUGUCAUUGGACCGAACCCUGAACAACGAGACCGCCCGUCUAUUUGAUAUCACUCGUGAGAAGACGUUAGUCUACGAGAAGACGACAGAAGUAACGACGAAAACGACGGAAAGAAUUCUGACGGUUCCGGGUAGUGGUACGGAUGAUGGAGGUGGAAGUGGACAGGAUGAUACGAUGGCAUUGUUCAAUCAGACGGAUCGACAAGAAGUCGAUAUGUCUGUUGAUCAGGGAGGAGCUAAUAAUGAAACGCUGAACAUCUUCAACACAACGAACCGUGACGUCACCGACAUGGACAUCACUUCUGAUCACCGGGUGGCGCCUCAAUUCAAAACUCCACGACUUCCAGCUGAUGCCAAGAAGGCCCCAAUCACAGAUAAUAUGGAACCAAUCGAUAUGGAUAUGGAUACGACUCUGAAUGCAGCGAAUGACACGAUGGCAGUGUUCAAAAGUCCCGCUCGUAUCAAGAGAAACGAUUCGGAACCAAUCGAUAUGGAUGUGACAAGAGAUCAACUCAACAAUGAGACACUCGCCCUCUUCCAGACACCCGAAAACCACCGCAAAAACCCAAUGUCAGUGCUCCAGAAGACACCAGAAAUCGGGUCAGAAGCGAUGGAUAUCUCGAUGGCCGCUGGGAUGACUCCAAAACCUGCUCCGGCGCCAGUGAAUAUGGAGAUGAGCUCUGAUGAUACAAUGGCUCUGUUCAAAAUCACGACUCCGGUGACCAAAAAGAAUUUCGGAGGAGAAGAAGACAUGGACAUCACUCAGAGACCGCCUUCGGUUGCUGACGAUACGAUGGCUCUGUUCAAAAGUCCGGCGAGAGUUGAGACGGUGCCAACUGUCAUUCAGCCACAGCAACAAUUGUUUGAGGAGAGUAUGGAAAUGGAGGAUCAGAGUGCACUAUCAGAAAAAGUAGAUGAGCCAGAAGACGUCGCGAUUUCAGAAGUUCUGGAAGCUCCAGAAGCUCCAGAAGCUCCGUCAAACCAUAAUUCAAUGAUGAUGGAGACAGAAACAAUUAUUGUUGAAGAGGAUAGAGCCGCUGUCCAGAUGUCGAUGAUGGAUGUGACGGCUCCACUUGAUGACGUCAUGGAGUCCGUGCUUCUGAAUCAGACGAAUUCAGAGAAGACGUUGACGACGACUUCGACGACAGAAGAAUCGCCACGUCCCAAAUCGUCUGUUCGUGACGUGACGUCGUCUGUCCACGUUUCGAGUGUCACUUUGAAUGUUUCGACGAAUCGGAAAGAGAAUGAUUCGAUGAUUCGAACGAUGCAGUAUACGGAGGUGGAUACGACGAAUACACUCCAGAAUACAAGUCAGAGAAUGGAGGAUUCAGAUGAAGAAGAAAUCAAGGAAGAGUCGACGGCAAAAGAAACGACACUGAUUCGGGAGGAAGCUGAAGACGUGACGAUUCAGAAUCCGCAGGAGAUCCAGCAGGAUAUGUCGAUCUCCUCAUACAAUCUGAGUGUUUUCAAUCAGACUACAAACAGCACCGGAUCCGUUCCAAUCUCCAGAAGACGUCGCUCUCUUCUUCGUGAAGUUUGUGAAUCUCAACGACGUCACGCUAUGAUGGAGAAUUCGAUGAAUAUCUCGACUGUCGGUGGGGAGACGGCUCUUGCAGAGUAUCGAAAGGAGAAGAUGAAUGCAUCAGGAGUUAUGAAUCAGUCGUUGGAUCAGUCGGCACAAGGAAGGGAUAUUUUCAUGAUGAAUACGUCGAUCAGAUCGCCGAAUGUUCGACUGGCUCAAGGAACGCCGCCGCCAAAGUCUCCGAGAUUCGAGAUGCCACUCUACGAUCCGGCUGUCGUUAACAUCGUCUACCUCACUCCAGAAGACGUCAACAAUCCGACGCCACUUCCAGAAGCUGUUGAAUUCCAGAAGGUUCUCGCCGAAGAAUCUCAACGAGUGCAGAAGGAGAUUCAACGAAAAAUGAAGGAAUCCGGAGUGAAACCGGAGAAAUUGGAGUGGAUUCAGAAGAAUGAGAUGUCGAAAUUGACGAGAGACGAGCGAGAAGUGGUGACGAUUGCACGAGAAGAAGCGGAGAUUCGAUUCCUUCGUCUCCGUCUGAAAUUCGCGAAAGAGCAACGAGAGAAAGGCGACGAAAUGAUUGAGAAGAUGACUGCUGAAAAUGAGAAACUCGCUCUGAAAAUGCAAGGAGUCAAGAAUAUUCCAGCACUCCGAGAAGAGGUUGAACACCUUCGGAAUCAGCCGACACUCGCGGAAUGUCAUCGGAUUGAGGCGGAGCAUCACGAGAUGAAACGAUUGAUGAUGCAGUUGAGUCUCGAUUGGAUUCGAUGCAUGAUUCAGAAGGUGAUGGAUCAGAAAGAGUUGAAGAAGAAGAUUCAGAUGGACAUUGAAUUCCAACAAGAACGAAUCUAUCAGUUGGAAGAGGAGGAGAAAAAAGCGAUGGACGAGAUCAAGAGAAGAGUCAAGGAGAUGGAAAUCCAGUGGUGA